AAUUAGAAGCUCUGCUUCUUUCUUUUGCUAAUUUCCUCCAUUUCUCAUCUUACUCUUCCCAUCAAAUGGCUCGUCUUGCAAAUUUAAACGGGAAAUUCUCCGCCAUUCCCAAUCUCCCAAAGCUUCAAAACAUUCAUAAGAGACUUAAAAUUACUGGGUUCCUCAAGAAACAAACAGAUGUUUCUUCUCAUCAAAUCUCAUUGACAAGAAGAUUGGCUUUAACCAGCCUUGUCUCUGUUGCUCUCUUUGGCAAUGCAUCCCCCGAGAUUGCUUCUGCUAACGAGUAUUGGCUCGACGGCCCUUUGCCUGUCCCUUCUGUUGACAACAACAUUGUGAAUGAGCAAACGGGGACGCGAUCGUUUCUGAAGACAGGGAUAUACAUAGCUAACAUAGGAACAAAAGGAAGAAAAUACAGAUUGAAAAAAUAUGCAUUUGAUCUUCUGGCUAUGGCAGAUUUGAUUGGGAAAGAUACUUUGAAUUAUGUCAGAAAGUAUCUUCGACUCAAAUCAACCUUCAUGUACUAUGAUUUUGACAAAGUUAUCUCAGCAGCAGCAGACGAUGAGAAGCAGCCUCUUGUUGAUUUAGCAAACAGAUUAUUCGACAAUUUCGAAAAGCUUGAAGAUGCAGCAAAGCAAAAGAAUCUGAGUGAAACUGAAUCCUACUAUCAACAAACAACACCCAUACUUCAAGAAGUCAUGGAUAGAAUGGCAUAAAUUGAACAAAUUUAUUGAUUAGAAAGUUCGGAGGAUCUGCUUGAUUUUCCAUAAUUCUUCUGUGGUGCUUGUUCAUAAUUAGUUUCCAUUUUUCCCAUGUCUUUCAAUGCGGCUUAAAGAUGCAAAAUCAAGACAAACAAUGCAGUGAGUUUCACAAAUUAUAGUUCAA